UAAUAGCAAUGAGAAAGGCGUAGGAUUAUAUUUUGCGGAGUUCGGAGAAACUAAUUUGGACAACUAUUAAUAUAUUUAAAUAUUGCGUUAACUAUUUAAAUAACCAAUUCCACGAACCAACCCACCCUACCGAGGUUGCAACACCACACACUCACGAGUCACCAGGGCAUUGCUGGCGCGUGCAUCGCAUGGGGGAUUACAAGUGAACUGGAUACUUGGUGGAGGGGAGGCAUGCAUGCUGGUGUCUGAACGAUGACGAGCGCGAGCACGAAUGUAGUCGCUGGUCCUGAACAAGCUCGAGCUCAUGGGGAGCGGCUGCUGAGGGAGGUGAGGGAGGAGAAUCUGGCGGAGCUCCUCCACACCCUCCACCACCUGCACUCCCCACCGCCAACAUCUCCCCACUACACACCACUGGGCAUAAAACCCCUCGAUGACAUCCUCCGCAGUUUCCACCCCAAACCAUAUACAUCUGGAGCAACAUAUACACCCCGCCAGCCCGUCCUCGAAAUCACCUCCCCGGCCUCCGCAGACGGCAAAACUCAUUUACUGUACUACAUCACCGCCCUCGCCGUUCUACCAUGUACCUACCAGAACAUCGCGCUACGGGGACGUAGUAGUGCUGUCGUAUUUCUCGACACAGAUUGUCGGUUUGAUGCUGCAAGAUUGCGCGAAGUUGCGAGGGGGAUUGUACUAGAGAGUGCGGUGGAGCAGGGGAUAUCGUUUCCCGGAGCUGGACACAAUUACGGAGGUGGAGGAAAAGAAGGUGACGAUGAAGGGAUGAAUACAAUGCUCCACACCGCCCUCUCUCAUGUCCAUGUCUUUCGCCCACAGUCCUCUGCGUCUCUCUUGGCUACGAUACAGAGUAUAGAAAGCUAUCUUCUGCGUGGCAUGGGCACGAUAUAUACAGAGGGGGAGCAUAAACAUGCAUCACAUUCCCGCCCGCUCCACGCCAUCCUGCUCGAUAGCGCAAGCGCGUUUUACUGGCAGGAUAGACGUGAGAUGGAGGUCCUUAACAUCCAUGGCGUUCGCGAGGAGAGGGCACGGCGGGCCCGGGACCAGAAUGAGAAUCAGAACCACAAUGAUACGGAUACAAACUCAACUACACAUACACCCACGGCCCAAUCCCAGCUCCCACAUCAGAUCAUCCAUGCACUCCGCGCCCUGCAACAAACCUUCUCCUGUCCGCUCGUUUUCACGACGUGGGGGUUACUGCGAGCUACCCAGUCCACUCACCACAGCAACAAUACGUCUCAUGCCCUCCAUGCGCAGACCACUACACGUACCCCGCUCUAUAAAUCUCACCGCCCAUCCUUCCGUCCGCACCUGCCCAGGCCAUGGCCCUCGUUCCCGACGUGUAGAGUCGUUGUGCAGCGCGAAGUUGUCCGGCCGUUUGCCCCGUUUUUAACGAUGGAGGAGAUCAAGGGAGAGGCGCGAGAGAGGCAAGAUGCUGUGAGGAGAGGGGGAGUGGUGGGGUGGGUGGAUGGGCAUGGGUUGACUUGGGACAGGGAGAGAAACGCAAUGGCGGAGAGGUUGUUUGGUUUUUCACAUACGGGAGGGGGAGGCGUUAGGUGGAUUGAUGAGGAUGGAGAUGGGGAGGGAUAGAACGAGGUGUACUAAAUAACCGGUUAUGUUAUGUAUAUAUGAACUAUGAACUAUAUGGCUAUUAAAAGGCCCUCUACGUCUAUACUGUCUCUGUGCAUAUACUACUAGUAGUAUGUACACAACAUCUACAUCUCACUCCUCCUUAUCCCCGCCCAUAAACAACUCCCCAAUCCUCUCCACAGUCGUAUUACCCCCUGAAAACACAACUCCAACAUCCCACCCCUCCUUCCCCUCCCGCGCACACUCCUCAACCACCAUCCUCCGAAAGCCUUCAUCAAACAAACAAACCGCCAACCCCACCACCGCCGACGGCUCCACAACAACCUUCACCCUCUCCAGCACAAGCCGCAUCGCAGCCAGAAUCUGCCCCUCACUCACCGCAUACACACCCCUCACCUUCUCCUUGUCAGAGACAACACUCCACCCCACCUCCCCCACCGGCGUCCGCAGCCCAUCCGCAAUCGUCAGCGUCUUCACGCUCGUAACUCGCUCCCCCGCCGCCAGCCCGCGCCGGCAGUCGUCGCCACCCUGGAACGACGGCUCCGCCCCAAACACGAGCGUCUUGGGCGUCCGCGUCGAGUAAUACGUCGCCACGCCGGAGGUCAAGCCCGCGCCGCCGAGGGGCGUGAUCACCGCGUCGAGCACGCCGGGCCUGCCCCUCCCGCCUUCUCCUCCUCCUCCUCCUCCUCCUCCUCCUCUCUCUUUAGGAUGCACACUCAACCCCGCAUCCGUGUCUACGAGCUCCCGCACCUGCUUCUCCAGCUCGACGGCGACCGUGCCCUGGCCCAAGACGACGUCGGCGUGGUCGUAGGGCGGGAUGAGGAUGGCGCCCGUCUCGGCGAUGACGGUGGCGACGACGGCUUCGCGCUCCUGGCUGGUGGAGCCGGAGAAUAUCACUUUGGCGCCGUGGGAGCGCGUGCCGGCGAUUUUGGACGGGGUGGAGAUCGAGGGCAUGACGAUGUAGGCGGGGAUGGAGAGGGUGGAGGCCGCGAGGGCGAGGGCUUGCGCGUGGUUUCCUGAGUGGAUACAAUUGGGUUUAGUUUGGGGGGGGGGGGGGGGGAGGGAGGGAGGUUUUUGGUCUGGGAGAUAGAGACACAGACAUACCAGAACUAUGCGUAACAACCCCCCGCCGCCUCACCUCCUCCUCCCCCAUUACUUGCACAGCCCGCAACAGCGCAUGGAACGCGCCCCGCGCCUUAAACGCGCCUAUCCGCUGCAGAUUCUCGCAUUUGAAGAAGAAGUUUAUCUUCGGCUGCGCGGGCGGCUGGCCCUCGAACGGCGUGCCGACGAGCGCUUCGGCCGCUUGCGGCGUGGAGGCGAUGCGGUUGAGGGUCUUGCUGGUUAGGAUUGGGGUUUCGUGGAUGUAGGGCUUGACCAGGUCGUGGGCGGCGAGGACGUUGGAGGUGGUGAGCGGGAGCCAGUGGGUUGGGUCGGUCAUGUUGAUGUUUUUGGUUGUUGGUGUUUUUUGUACGGGGUAUUUUCUUGCGGUUCAACAGUGGGGCGGGGGGAUUAUUUUCUGGGGUUGGAUUGCGGUGGUGAUGUAAUAGAGUUGGAGAAUUAACGGAAUUGAAGGCAAGGUGAAGCUGGUAUUUAUAUCCACAUAUUCCGUAUACAUAUACAGAUCAGUUAAGGGAUUGAUAUCAUCGGGAAUACGAGAAGGGCGCAAACAUUAUUCGGAGAAUGUAACAUGGCAGAAAAUAUCUUGACGUCGUUAGCUAUACUAAGCAACACUGGCAGCGCCGGUGUGGGCCAUUUAUUUCCACAGCCGAGGCUUUGCACACCCACCCGCGUCACCGUCACCGGGCGUAGAAAGGGAAAAACAACACGAGCGAUGGCAGAGGAAAUGGCGCAAAACAAGAAGGACGGGACACCGAAAAGUGAAAAAGGGAAACUGGAAACACGGGGAAUAACGGGGUAGAAAAUGGAAGGAUUAAGUUUUAAUAAGUGCAUGCGGCGUCAGGGAAAAAAACAUUGGAAGCUUCUCUUUUUUACCCAGUCACUUUUUAUCGCAAAGAUCAAAACACAAAAAUGUAGUCCUGGGGAUUAGAUAGAAAUACACAUUUUUUUUGGUUCUUGCCCAGAGGGGGAAAAAAAAGAAAGAAAAAGAAAAAAAGAAAAAAAACAGACAC